AGUGUCUACUGGCUUCCGCAGAUGCUCUCUACCCCGCUGGCUGCUGCCGCGGCUUCUGGGACAGUGGAAUUCUCGUGUUUCUACUUCGUGCAGUCCUACAGCUCGAGGCGGCCAGGCGUCUCAUGGUUCUUCAACCACCGAUUCCCCGCCGACAGGCGACUCGACACGCCCGUUGAAUAUUUCGGCGAGCGCCACAGUGUGUCUACCACAGAGGAGCCAUGUAUGAUGGACUACUUGAAGCACCGCCUGAACCACUGCUUCAGGAGCACCCUAACGAUCAGCUGGCAGGAUCCACCGCGGAACGUCAGGUACGGCUGCGAGACGUGGAUGAAUUCAACCGACGGUUCGGUUGAGAACAGACUCACCGCGUUCUACCAACUCACCAGUCGCCAUCAGAAGUCGGACAUUGUGAUUGGAUUGUCCGACAUUGGACGGUACAACGAGGGCUGUGACGACAUCAACGACGCUGCGGACUCCCUGGAUCGUCUAAUCAGCGACCUGAACGCCUGCGAUCGCAACUCCUUCUUACAGAUGUCCGUGUCUCCAACCGACGCCAACAACACCGUGCUUGCUCAGUGCUCCCGUCCCUUCUACCUACACUUCGCGCAACCUCUGCGAUUCUACCGUCUCCCACCAGAUGUGGGCCUUUUGAGGCAGCUGUGGCAGGAGAACAAGCUUGCGUUGAAGUCUCAAGAUCAGUGGAGAUUUCCGAAGCAUUUUGAAGUCUUUAGGGGAUCAGAGAAUGGCUCGACGCAGGUGGGUGGUAAGCGGUACGUCAUGUACGAUGCUUUUUUGCAGGGAAACAUCACACUAGUUUGCGACAGGCCCAACGCCGACCACGUCGUGGUGUGCGCCUACGGACCCACCUUCAAGAUGGUCCACGUCAGCACCAACUGCUCAGCGCCAGAGCACAUCAGCGACACCCUUGUCUCCACAAUCGUCUGCACGGUGUUGGCCGUGUGCCUUAUCUCCGCCACGGCGGUUUUCGUCUCUGGAAGGCGUUACAUCUACCACAUCAGUGUGUGGACGACUGUGGAGGAGUGCACAGCCCGGGUGUUGGCGCAGAGCCGAUUUCAAAGCCCACGACUGCCGCCACCCAUCACGUCCCUGCCGACGUCGGCCACCUCGAAUGUGGACGAGUACGUGAAGCUGGACGAGCGACGGUGGUCGCUGUCUGGCAGAUGCCUCCGACUUGGCGAACGCAUCGCCGAGGGCAGCUACGGCGACGUCUUCAAGGGCCUGUUGGUGAGCAGGGAGGCGGAGGAGCAUCGGCAGGUGGUGAUCAAAACUCUCAAUGACGUGUUUUCAAGGGAGAGUGUGCUGGAGUUCGCCAACGAAGUGGCCAUUCUCCGACUCAUUGGCCCUCAUCCCACCAUCAUCCACUUCAUCGGCUGCGCUCAGCGAACAUCCCUGAACAACCGACCAGCUCUUGUGACGGAAUACGCCCACAACGGCACCCUUCAGAACUACCUUCGUGGCCUUCGACCGAAGCCGGAGACGUGUCUUCUGGAGGUGAUCCAGACGCACUGGCAGCGUCAGGGCAGAGCCCUUGUCUCCGACUUGUACUCGUUCGCCACCGACGUCGCGAGCGCACUCAUCUACUUGGAGAAGUUAGCUGUCGCCCACAGCGACGUGGCCGCCCGCAACGUCCUCCUAACCGCCUCCCUCACAGCCAAACUGAACGACUUUGGAUUGGCCUGUGUGAUUCCGCACGGACAGUUAGUUGAAGACAAGCCAAUUUAUUACAACCUCAGUGCCAACGCGGCCGAUCCCUCAAAGUGGACCGCGUUUGAAUUCGGCGGUUUGUUUUUGCAGUGCACGCGCCUUCGACGGAUUCCUGUGCGUUGGUCUGCCCCGGAGGUCCUGGAGACCAAUCAGCGCCACGCUCGCAGCGACGUCUGGUCGUUCGGCGUGUUGCUGUGGGAAAUCUUCUCGCUGGGCGAGAACCCCUACGCCGGCCUGAAGACGGAGGAGGACGUGGCGGCGUUUGUCCUGCACUCCAAAGGUCGCCUGUUGAAGCCCGUUCUGGCUAGCCGAGAGCUCUACCGCGUCAUGAACGCCUGCUGGACUGAAUCGGUGUGCGACAGACCCGACUUCCGCAGAGUCUUCAAGACCCUCCAGGACUUGAACGUGGAGGUCCAACCAGCAAGGUUGGAGGCCAAUGAUUCGACAGUGCACGUAAGCGAUACCACCUUCGAUACCUCUUCCAUCUCGCUUCUUCCACUUGAUCGAGUUGUGAAUCCCGGUGUUGUAUCACAAGUUGUUGUCAUCUCAAUGUUGUGGAGAGGUAUGCAAAAAAACACGAAUUAUCCACCGCAGGAAGAGGACCAGAGGCGGGCCAUCCAAGGUCGCGCGGUUGUCAUGACAACCCAUUACCACCUGGUUGUUUGA